GGCUCUCCCAGAACCUAGCGGACGGGCUGCUGUCCUUUUUCCGAUGUGCGGCUGUUCCGGAGCUGGCGUGGCUUGUCCCGGGGAUGCCGAGAUCCUGAGAUUCUAUGGGUGUCCGCGGUCUGACCACCUUUGUGGAGGGGAACAGAAACUUACUCCAAGAAGUGAAGUUCAGGGACAGCCCCCUGGUUAUUGAUGGCUGCAGUCUGUUUUUCCGCCUCUACUUUAACCAAAGCUUGGACCAGCAGCAUGGAGGGGACUAUGACGCGUUCGCCUUUACGCUCACACAGUUCUUGUCCGCGUUGGCGGCCUGUAACAUCCAACCAUAUGUGGUACUGGAUGGAGGGAUUGAUCCAAGUGACAAGAAGUUUUCCACUCUACGUCAACGUCUGCAGUCCAAGAUAAGGGACGCCGACAGUCUCUCCCAUGGCCGCAACGGCUCUGUUCUCCCCAUCCUCACAAGAAAUGUUUUCAUUCAGAUCCUCAUCCAGAGAGGAGUUCCACUGGUCCAGUGUCCAGCUGAGGCGGAUUGGGAAAUUGCAUGUUUGGCUCGCCAGUGGAACUGCCCAGUUCUGACCAAUGACAGUGACUUUUAUAUCUUUGACCUGCCAGGUGGUUACCUGCCUCUCAAUUUUUUCCAGUGGACCAACCUUAACGGUAACGCCUCUCACCACUACAUCUUGGCUCGUUGCUACACCACUGAUGAGCUGUGUCGCUCGUUUGGCAGCAUAAACAAGGAGUUGCUCCCCUUAUGUGCCGUCCUGGCUGGUAAUGAUUAUGGCACUCCAAAAGAUGCUGACAAAAUAAUACAUCUGUUAGGUGUGAGUGGAAUAUGGAGAGGGGGUGGCAGAGGUAGUGCAUCCAUUUCCCGCAUUGAGGGCUUCCUGCGCUGGCUGUCCUCUUUUAAAUUUCCAGCAGACGUACUGGAGGAAGUGAGGAUACUCAUGGGGGAGGAAGUUGGAGGCAUUGGGGGCAAGAGAGGACAUAAGGGUGGGCUCAGUUCACAGCUGUGGGAAGGUAUGCAGGAGUACCACAUCACCACUCCAAGUGCUCUCGCUCACUGGUUCUCUGAAGGUAAGACAGCUCCUAGAGGGCAGAGCUCUUGGCUGCCAGAGUUCCUGUCGCGGGCUGCAGCUCAGGGCCUAUUGGCUCCCUUGGUGGUAGAUGCUCUGGUGAUGCACAGGGUCCUGCUCAUUCCGCAGGUGGAGAACAGCAGGCUAGCCAGCAGCCAUUGUUGUGCCAGCGCCAUACGACAGGCAAUAUAUACGAUAAUACUGCAGAGAGGCCAAGAUUGCCCGGCACAGGAUAUGAGGGCACAAGAAAACAUCAGCCAGGGUAUGAGAGGUGGUAGAGGGCGAAGGGGGCGGGGAGGUGGAGGAGGUGUGGGUCAGGUUAUUAUUUUACCCACACAGCAGAGUGGCAAUUCAGGAUUUAGCUUUGAACAAGCUGAUGGUGCAGCUACAGUCUCGGCCCAGGGCUACAGUGCCCCCAUGUGUGUGGAGGAGUACGACCGCAUGGAUCUGAACUUGAAGAAAAACAAUGUCGAGACACAUCCGCACGGAACCCCCCUACGUCUCGAUACAAUAGAUCAGGCUCCUGUGGAAGUUCGUCUCGGUGUCCUGUUAGAAGUCUUGGGAUUGAAGGAGUCUGCGCUGGCUCCUGUUCCUCUCCACCUGAGGCUGGCUGUAGCAGUGACAGCCUUCUGGCUGCGAGAGGCCAAACCCUCACAGCCCCAGCUCCAGGCUUUGUUGCUGGGCAUGGUUUAUGGAGAGCUGUCCCAGAGCAACCAGCCUGGAGCGCCCCACUACCAACAUACCGACUGGGCUGCGGAGCACAACGUGCGAGCAGGGCUGGAUUGUCAACGUGUGAAGCCAGGGGAGAGACGGGGCUUGGAUGUCGGAGGGGCUCACAGUUUCAGCCAAUGGCAAGCCUGCCUCUGGAGUGCACUGUGUCUCAAUCAGCUAUUGCUGCGGCCGCUGCAUGAACCCCACCUGUCAUUGUUGUACAGCGGUACCUUGGUGCAUGGCCUCCUCAAGUAUCUGAAAGGAGGCCGAGCUGCUGAAUCUCUCCUCAUCGGGGGUUCCAUGUCCGGACCACUCUACUCAUUCCUGCUGGGUACUGUGAGGAAUUGCAGCUAUAAGGCCCAUCCUUCCUCUUCGGCAGCAUGGAGGGGGAAGAGAGGUGGAAACCGGGGAGGAAGAGGAAGAGGGGGAGGAGGAGGAGGAGGGGGAGGA